UUAAUAACGUCAAACAAGCUUACAAAUGUGGUUAAAUACUUCAAAGCAAAAGUCUCCAUAAUUAUUAGGAAAGUAGACAGGUGACGUGUGGAGGUGGACGUGGAGUCGUGUAAAAUUAUUAAACUCGGAAAUUAUAAAAAUGAAGUUACUUUUAUUAUUUAUUUUUGCGUUUGUAGCGUGUAAUGCACAAGCACCAACACUAGUUUUACUUGAUAAUCAAGUAAUCAAAGAAACCCAUUCAACAUUUUUCAGAUCUUUACAAGAUAGAGGCUACAUACUAACAUUUAAAAUAGCUGAUGAUUCCUCUCUAGUUUUAUCGAAGUAUGGAGAAUAUUUGUACAAGAAUUUGAUUAUAUUUGCACCCUCUGUAGAAGAAUUUGGUGGUAACUUAAAUGUUGAAACUAUUACCCAGUUUGUAGAUGAUGGUGGAAAUCUUUUAAUAGCAGGAAGCAGUGCAACUGGUGACGUUUUAUCAGAAAUAGCUUCAGAAUGUGGAUUUGAGAUUGAUGAGGAAGGAACUUUUGUAAUUGACCAUCUAAAUUAUGACCUUACCGACGAAGGACAGCAUACUAAAUUGGUUAUUACUUCUGACAAUUUAAUUGAUGCACCCAUAAUAGUUGGGUCCAAAAAAGGUGUUGCUCCGUUACUCUAUCAAGGUACAGGAAUAUUAGCGGAUCCGGAAAAUCCUUUAGUGUUACCACUGUUAACUGCAGAUAGUACCAGCUACAGUUAUAAUCCUAAUCUACCUGUAAAAGAGUAUCCUCAUGCAGUUGGUAGAGACACUGUUUUGAUAGCCGGUUUGCAAGCAAGAAACAAUGCUAGGGUUGUUUUCAGUGGAUCCUUGUCUUUUUUCUCGGAUGAAUAUUUCAGCUCUCCAGUCAAAAAAUCUCAGUCUGGAGAAGCGGCUCCAAAGUCAGGCAAUGAAGAAGUGGCUACUGCCAUUAGUCAAUGGGUAUUUAGAGAGCACGGUCAAUUGAGGGUGAAAUCUGUGAAGCAUCACAAAGAAGGAGAAAAAGAAGCGCCUCAAGAUUAUACCAUAAUGGACAAUGUCGUAUAUACAAUCGAAAUAGACAUUUUGGAAAAUGGUCAAUGGAAACCCUUCACCGCCAACGAUAUACAAUUGGAAUUCGUUCGAAUCGAUCCAUUCGUUAGGACGACGCUUCAAAGAAAACCAUCAGGGGAAUACGAAGCCAAAUUUAAAAUUCCAGAUGUUUACGGGGUGUAUCAGUUCAAAGUCGAUUAUGACAGGGUGGGUUAUACAAGGUUAUUCAGUACUACACAAGUUUCCGUUCGUCCACUUCAACAUACUCAAUAUGAGAGGUUUAUUACCAGCGCUUAUCCUUAUUAUACAGGAGCGUUCUCGAUGAUGUUGGGUGUGUUUGUAUUCUCAUUUGUAUUUUUACAUUUUAAGGAAGAUGAUAAAAAGUCCAAGAGUGAGUAAGGGCACGAUUUUGUAAAUAAUUUUGUAAUCAAGAAAUAUAAGUUGUGAAGUC